AUGUCCGAGCCUUCAAAUCCUACUCCAAUUGUCUCCACUCCAAAGAAAGACAACGUGGAGAAACAGCAGAUUCCUGCAACAACACCUGGCAAGACUGAAGAUGCUCCAACUACCACUACAACAACACCACCACCUCCAAGCACUACAACCGAUCCUACCAAAUCAAUCCAACAGCAACAGCAGCAACAACAGCAGCAACAACAACUUCCUCCAACUUCAAUUGGCCCAGAUCGUGACCCCGAAGCAUCUGUCUACAUCUCCGAAAUCGACCAAACAGUCAACGAAGCUGAUCUCUUUGACAUUUUUUCAACCUACGGAAACAUCCUCUCCAUCCGUGUAGCUAAAGACCCUGUCUCCCGCGCCUCUCUUGGCUACGCCUAUGUCAACUUCACCUCUCCUCAAGAUGCUCAAGCUGCUCUUGCCUAUGACUUUGCUCUCAUCCAUAACAAACCAUGCCGUGUCUCUGCCUUUCAAAAAGAUCCCACCCGUCGUAAAGCCCCUCCUAAAACCGCAGUCUACAUCCGCAACUUAGAACCCACCGUCACUGAGGACCAACUCAAAUCCCGCUUUGCUUCCUAUGGCUCAAUUGUCUCCACAAAAGUCGCCCCAGUUCCUGCCAGACAGGAUUCAAAUGACCUGGAUGCUGAUAAUGAUGCCCCUUCAUACGUCUUUGCUUAUGGUUGUGUCGAAUUUGAAGCCCCAGAACAAGCCCUGGCCGCGAUCAAGGCGGAAAAUGGUACUCCCUUUGGAUCCCGCACAAUUUACACCUCUCACCACGUGUCUCGGCGCAACACAGACCGACCACCGCGCCAACCUCACCAUCAUCACUUCCAUAAUCACCACCACCACCAUAACAACAACAACAGUAACAACAACAGCAACCAUAACCUUCACAACAAUAAUAGCAACAUACCCGAUGACUAUACAAACUUACUUGUCAAAAAUAUUGAUCCUACAGCCCCAGAGAAUGAACUUCUUGACUUGUUUGCCCAACAUGGUGAAAUUGCUUCUCAUACACUCCCCAUCGACCCUAAAACUGGCUCUCGCAAGGGCUUUGGUUUUGUUGCAUUUAAAUCUCAUGAUUCCGCUGCUAGUGCAGAGCAAGCUCUCAAUGGAUCCCAGUUCUAUGGUAUCGAAUUAAUCGUCUCUCGUGCCCAGCAACAUCAUCAUCAUCACCACCAUCAUCAUAACAACAAUAACAACCAUCACCACCGUAGACCUGAUGAUGCCUUACGUAGAAACAGCCCUGGACCAGCUUCUUCAACAGGCUCUCCCUCUCCAGCCCCAUUCACUACCCCCAGCAAUAAUACAACCAACCUCUACAUCAAGUACUUGGACGUUGCAAUUGACGACGCUGAACUAAGACGCUUAUUUGCUCGUCACGGUACUAUCACCUCAGCACGCGUUAUGCUCGAUGAGUCUGGCCAAUCCAGAGGGUUUGGGUUUGUCUGCUACGCCGCCCCAACCGAGGCCCAGGCUGCCAUUGCUGAAAUGCACGGCGCCGAAGUCCGCGGGAAAUCAUUGUAUGUAACCAUUGCCCAGCGUCGUGACAAGCACCCAGCCGGCCUGCUGCGCGGGCACCGUGGGGGCCCCCGCAAUAACAACAAUAUUGGCCCAAACGCAGCAAACAGUAAUGGCACCCCCAUUUACCUCCAACAGCAACAACACCCUCACCACCACCAUCCCCACCAACAAGCAGCUUUUACUGCUGCCCCAUUCUUCAGUCCCUAUUACUUAGCAGCCGCCGCUGCUGCUGCCGCAGGUAUGCCUGCCCCACCACCUCCUCCACCUCCCGGAAGCGCUCCUGGUGCCGCCCAGGGUAACAUGAUUUAUAACCCGUAUGGUGCCGGAUACCCUGCCAUGAUGGCUCUUAGUGCACAAGUUCCCCCUCCUCAAGCGUUCCGCAAGAAUCCCGGCAGUGGCAACGGCGGUCGAUCUUCUGGACAAGGAAACAAUAACAACAAUGGUGCUGGGGAAAAGAAGUAUAACUUUAAUGGCCGGUAUUACGGGAAUACCAGUAGCCCCAAUAUCACUCCCACUGGAAGCAAACAGCAGAGCACUUCUAGCGGUGGCGCAUCGCCCGUUGCCGGAUCGCCAAAUGUACAAUCACCCCCUGCCACAACAUCGUCUGCAUCUGCAUCUUCUGCCACAGUUCCAGCGUCAACCACUCUUAGCGCUGCGCUAGCGUCUGCUGCCAAUGCUGAGGCUGAGCGCCAGGUGAUUGGUGAGGCCUUGUAUCCUAAAGUCCAGCGUCAUGUGGCCGUACGUAACGAUAGCGAGCUGGCUGCCAAACUCACGGGAAUGAUGCUUGACAUUUCGGCCGAAGAGCUACUUAGGUGGAUUGAUGAUGACGCUGUUUUGGCUGCCCAGAUCCAAGAAGCUUAUGACCAGUACAUGGAGUUUCUUGAGAAUAAGGAUGAUGCUGAGUAA